CGAAGAAGAAAAAUGCGGAAGUUAGCAACGCUUUGAUGCUAACUUGAGACAAAGGGUGACUGCGACGAAUGUAUUGUUAUUAUUCUUAUUAUUCUUAUUAUUGCUUUAAUAUUCAUCAAGCAAUUUAAAAAUGUUGAAAGAGUUGGUGCAGGAGCGACUAAUGGUGGCAGCGGAUGAAAUAUUCGCGCUGUUUGAAAGAACGAUAGCGUCGUACGAGAAGGAACUUUCUAGAAGAAUAGAGAAGGAGCGACUGGGAGCUGCUGGAACAACUAAAGUCGUGUUACAUGCCCAAGACGCCCCGGAGCUGAUUCGGCAACAAGAACGUCCCCCUCAGCCACAGGAGGGAAUCUCCGCUUGGAACCAGGAGGAACCACAGCCCCCCCAUAUUAAAGAUGAAGAGGAGGAACCAUGGAUAACUCAGGAGGGGGGUUAUCUUCUCGGACCGCAGGAAGCGGAUCUCGCCAAGUUGCCACUGACCGUUGUCUCCGUGAAGACUGAAGACGAUGAAGAGAAACCACCCGAGUCCUCGCAGCUUCAUCACGGUCCAGGUGAGGAGACCAGAUGGGCGGAGCCUCCUGGCUGUAGCUCAACACAACACAUGACAACAGAAGCUUAUGGAGACCACUGUGCGGGGUCGCAAGCAGAUAGCGAGACAGAAGACCGGGACAACACCCAAGCACCUUUGAGCAGCGAUGCGCACUGUGAAGGCGACGCCGACAACAAACACUCCAAAAAGAAGGCCGGUAGAAAAUGCUCAUUUUGUGACAGAAGUUUCUGCAACAAAAAGGAGUUUGCCCGACACAUGACCUCUCACAAACCUUUCAGUUGCUUACUUUGUGGCAACACGUUUACUCGCCGGUCCACUUUGAACAGGCACAUGAUAACCCACACCGGAGUAAAACCCUUCAUUUGUUCAGUGUGCGGCGAAAGAUUCACACAAAAGUCCAACUUGAAAACACACAUGAGAACACACACUGGAGAAAGACCCUUUAAAUGCUUGAUUUGUGGCAAAACCUUCUCGCACAAGUCCAAUUUGCUCUCCCACAUCAGGACACACACCGGGGAAAAGCCCUUCAUUUGCUCCAUUUGUGGCGAACGAUUCUCUCAAAAGGAAAUACUGCGAAGGCACAUGAAAAGACACGGGGGGAAACCCUUUUUAGAGGUUUGUGACAAGAGGUUCUCUCUGGCGACAUCUGUGGUCAAACAGGAGAACACACGCAGGAAGAUGUCAACCUUGUAAAUGCUCAGUUUGUGGCCCAAGAGUUCUUGGACCUUGUCUUUGGAGAGCCACUUCCAUGCAGGCAGUGCGGCGUCGCAUACAAAUCAAGCGUUCCAAUGACUUGAAAUUAUUUAUUUUGCUUGUUUUAAUGUAAAACACAACCUGUCAGGGUAAGUAUCAGCUCAGAUCAGCAACUAACUCCUACCACCUCAUCAUCAUCAUCGGCGGUCACUCGAAGCGAGUAUGACGAUCCUCCUGGUAGGGGUGUAUCCCUUUAUGGAGGAUGCCUGCGCGUGACUUUGUUUAAAGUGGGGAGACUGGUGCACAGACAGUCACCACGCCGUCCUUGACAGAUCCGGGUCAGGAUCCAGUGGCAUGGAGUCCAAGACGACUGGGGACCCUUUUCCAUACUUGCCAACCCUCCCGUUUUUAGCGGGAGAAUCCCGAUAUUCAGCGCCUCUCCCGACAACCUCCCGACAGAGAUUUUCUCCCGACAAACUCCCGGUAUUCAGCCGGUGCUGGAGGCCACGCCCCCCCCAAAAAAAGUCUGCCGCAGCUGCGAUUGGACCUGACCAGCCUCCGGGUACAAGUACUGGAGUACCAAUUGCUUGCCAGGGAAGAUCUUCCCCAGGAAGCAAGGAUUGACCGGUUUUGGGCCAUGCUAGGGAGAGAUGGAAGAUUCCACACUCUCGUGCAUUUGAUGAAAGCACUUUUGUGCGUGCCACACAGCAAUGCAUCAUCAGAGAGGGUGUUCAGCAUGCAUGCUAGAAAAAUAGUGACAGAGAAUAGAAAGAGGAUGGACAAUUCAACCCUUAACAAAGCAUUGUACUUUCAAGUACAACAAUGAGUAGAUGAGUGUUGUGUGUGUGUGUGUGUG